CCCCGCCGCGGCCGCCGGGGAUUGGCUCCCGGCAAGCCCCGCCCCGCGCUUCUCGCCCCGCGGGCUCCCAGGAGGCGGAGCGCGGAGUGAGAAAGCGCGAGGGCUGGGCGUCGCGACCGCUGGUUGACGCGAGACGAGCUGUUUAAAAACUUUCUGAGGCUGCGCGCGGUGUCUUAUGGCGAAACUCCGUCUCUACUGAAAAUACAAAAAUUAGCCGGGCGUGGUGGCGCACGCCUGUAAUCCCAGUUUAUCGGGAGACUGAAGCAGAAGAGCUUGAACUGGGGAGGCAGAGGUUAAGGUUUUGGGGUACAUGUGAAGAACAUGCAAGAUUGUCGCGAAAUCCUGUUGGAAAGCAACUGCAGCAUGUCCUGGAACAGCAGUGACUCUGAACCUUCUGCUAAACUGGUUGGGAAGAAUGGAGUAUUGGAGGAGCAGAAAUCUCCAGGAUUCAAGAAAAGAGAGACAGAGGUGUAUGUUGGCAAUCUUCCACUGGACGUUUCUAAGGAGGAAAUUCUGUACCUUCUGAAGGACUUCAGCCCUCUUUAUGUCCACAAAAUCCAGAAUGGCUGCAAAUGCUUUGCAUUUGUAGAUCUGGGCUCCAUGCAGAAAGUGACACUUGCAAUCCAGGAGCUGAAUGGCAAACUCUUCCACAAGCGAAAACUGUUGGUGAAUACAAGCAAAAGGCCCCCCAAGAGGACCCCUGAUGUGAUCCAGCAGCCCCAGGCACCGCUGGUUUCAGGGAAGGUUUCUGGUGAAGGCUUUGGCAAAACCACCGCUAUUGCACAGCUCGCUCCUAAAGCUCCUGUUGACCGGUGCGAGACAGAGAAACUGAGGGCAGCCUUCUUUGCAGUUCCCUUGGAAAUGAGAGGGUCCUUCCUGGUGCUGCUCCUGAGGGAAUGUUUCCGAGACCUGAGCUGGCUAGCGCUCAUCCACAGCAUUCGUGGGGAGGCAGGGCUGCUGGUGACUAGUAUCGUUCCAAAGACCCCGUUUUUCUGGGCCAUGCACAUCACUGAGGCUCUGCACCAGAACAUGCAGGCGCUGUUCAGCACCCUGGCUCAGGCGGAGGAGCAGCAGCCCUACCUGAAGGAGUCCGCCGUGCAGCGUGGGACCCGAUGUCUGGCAGAGUACCACCUGGGGGAUUAUGGCCGUGCCUGGAACAGGUGUUGGGUGCUGGACAGGGUGAACACCUGGGCUGUGGUCAUGUUCAUUGAUUUUGGGCAGUUGGCCACCGUCCCUGUGCAGUUACUGCGCAGCCUGGACAGCGACGACUUCUGGACCAUCCCACCCCUGACUCAGCCAUUCAUGCUGGAGAAAGACAUUUUGAGUUCGUAUGAGGUUGUCCAUCGAAUCCUCAAAGGGAAAAUCACUGGUGCUUUGAACUCGGAGUCGCACAUCCUAAAGUUUGAAGAGUCUAAAUAAUGGGGCUCCCCUCAGCAUGUUCCCUCUCCUGUGUGCCACGGAUCCAGAGGCUGCCCGCCCUGCCCUCUUGUACCCCUUUAACCCUUGAGGCCUGGGCGGUGAAAAAGGCCAGACUCUGCCCGGGAUUGAUUUCCAUUUUGCUUUUACUCCCAGCUCACCUCUCAAAAGAGAGUGAAGUCUCAUUUGUCAUGUGUCUUCAGUUCCCCAACUUGGCAUGAACAUUUGAACCCAACUUAGGAAGCUGCCAUUAGGUUGAAAGCCUGAGGCAGCUGGGAUGUUCUUUCCUGUUUCUCUUCUCUGCACCCCAGAGCAUGAUAUAGGCAGUCCUAACAGAUUGUGGAUAAUGGAGAAGCCCUCUGCUAGUUUUCCUGGCCUUCCAUGUAGAAUAGGUAGAGUAACAUUUAACCAGUGAGCAAAUAAAUGUUGGCAUGUUUCAUGA